UUCACCCACCACUGACGCACUUCCAAAGACCCGCUGAAAUUCAAAGUGUAUUUGAAAAGGCGUCAAAUGAACAGCCACACGAAUCUUUUCGCAGUUUAUGCUCAGUUUUGACUUGUUUGCUUGACCUACACGGACACUUCUGUUGAGGAAGAUCAUGGAUGGGGAAUUUCGAAGUGGGUUGGCGACAGCUUUGAAGAGACAUAGAGACCCUUUGUCUGACACGGAAGACAAUGUCCACUCGUCUGAUGUCAAUGAUGUUCAGAAAAGGCGUCGCCUGGAGGUGUUGGGCGAGGAGAAUGUCAGCCCUACAAAGAAGUUUUCAACUAGAGAUCGCCAUCGGUGUGCAGAGCUGGUGAAGCCUGACACCCCUGCUCUCUGCUCUGUCCGCUCCAGAGUACAGCAACUAACCCAGAGACGUGAGGGAGGGCAUGUGCUGGCUCAGAGAUGCCUCUCUGAUCCAGGGUCUGGGGUACCAUCCAUUAAAUUCCAGGAUGGAGUCAAAGAGCACCAUCUUAUUGGUGAGGCAGAGUUCAGCUCGCGGGUGGAGCGGUUUAAAUCCCCCACCACUCCUCAGGCCAGCCCCCUGCCAACCAACCGGUGGCCCCGUACCCUCUCCAACGCUGUUACCAACUUACAACUGAAACUUGAGGCCAGUGACACGCCCAGCUCCAAACAAGCCUCCCGCAUACGCCAGGAGAGGGAGGAGGAGCUGCGUCUCGUAAGGGCCCAGCCAAUCACAGAGAAUGUCUUCCUAAAGCGAAGCUUCUCUGAUUCCUCACUGACUGAGAGGGCGACCCCACCCGUCUCCUCAUUCUCCCCUUGGAUGAUGUUUAGACGUAGCAGGAGACUGCAGUGGCCACCGUUCCAACCAUGGAAUCAGGCAGACCUCAAUGUGACUGGUGAUGAACCUUUUGGGGUGAAGGACGGCAGCUUUACCGAGACAUCUGUCUUCACUAAGGUCGAUGGAGUGGAGCCUCCAAUUCAAUACAAAUACGGUGAGAUGGCAGAGUCCUCAGUUCACAUGGAUGUCCCACCAGAAGAGGUGAAGGGGAGACACAUGGUUGAGCGACAGGCAGAGUGCACUAUGGUCAUUUGUCAGGGAACUUCUCUCCCAGAUGAACAACGUGAGGCAGCAGAGGGUCCUGUAGUGAAAGAGCAGCAAAAGGCAGUCUCUCCUGCUAGUGACAAGCAUGUGGAAAGGGAUUUAGUGGUGAAGUUCUAUGUUAAUGCUGAGUCCCAUUUAUUUUUAGAUAAUCCUGUGGCAAUGGAGUCAAAAGGAGAUGGUGAGGAGUUGGGUUCUUCUGUAGUUGAGCAGAUGGGGUCCCUACAAGAGAAGGAGAUGAGGUCUUCUGUAGUUGAGUUGGGGUCCUUUGUAGAUGAGGACAUUGUGGGUUCCCCUUUAGGUGAGAAACAGGUGGGGUCUGCUGUAGGUGAGGAAGAGGGGGUAGUUCAGUCCCAACUAGAGAAGGUUGGGGACCUAUUAAGUGAGAAGAUGGAGUCUUCUGGAGUUGAAGAACAAGGGAAAGCAGAAAGUAUUUUAGUUGACGUCCAGGGUGAGAAGUCCGUUCUAGGUGAAGAUCAGGGGGAGUUGGGUCCUUCUUUGGGUCCAGAGCAGGGAGAGGCCGCAAACGCAUCAGCUGUGUCAGACAGAGAACAAGGAGACUCUGAGCUGCUUACAGACGAGGAACUGACUGAUGAACCACAGUCGGAGGCCAGAGGGUUAAAGAAAGUCACAUUUAUCCUGGAGCCAGAAAUGAUCAAUGACUCAGCUCUGUCUGAGCUGGACUCUUCAUCUAGCUCGAAAAGAGAAAGUAUGUCAGAGACUGAGCUGAGCUCUCGCGAUGAAACCAACACCGCUGAGAUGAUUGACCUAAUGUUUGAUGAGGUGCUGGAGGCUGCUGCCCAGGGAAGGAUGGAAGAGGACACUGAGGAUCACAAUAGUGGCAUAGCCACAGCGAUGUGUGGAAUAGAGGAAACAGACACAGAGUUGGACAAAGCUGAGGAGGGUGAAGACCUGGAAGAAACCAAGGAACUGGACUCUAGUGCAGAUGAGCUGCUGUCCUUCCCACCCAGCUUUAUCCUCUCCCCUCUCAGCAAGUCUGUGGAAGCUGUGGUCACUCCUAUGAGACUUGCAGCCAACCCUCCAUCCCUACUUCUGACUCCUGAAGAGCUGACCACUCCCCCUGCUGAUAGUGCCCCUCUCUACAGCAUCGAUGCCUACCGCACCCAGAGACAGAGCACCAAGCCAGCCAUUCAGAGUGUAACCCCAAGGGUGCAGAGGCAUGCCGCUGAGAAGUCUCACCCCCAGCACUGUGUCAACACCAAGGAAAGGAUCAUGGUUCUGAAUGAGGAUGCUGCCAAGCUGCAGAUGGUCAUCAAACAGACGUUGCAGGCCCUGAGCUGCUGCACUGACGAGGACCACGGCAGGGGCUCCCUGGAGGAGGCAGAGGCUAAUAAACUGCUGCUCGUCUCCUGUGAGAAGCGGGCAGCCCUGCUGGCUGAGGUGGCCAGGCUGAAGGAGGGUGAGGGGGACUCCGGCAUGUCCCAGCAGCCCUGCAGGGGCACCGUCAGCAUCAGCAGUGUCCAGCUCCCUCUCAAGGUGGAGUUUGUCUGCUCUGCCCGCACACAAACAGGUCGGCCCACUCAUUAUUUCUUUGUCCUGAUUCGUUAUGGACCCUGCAACAUCGUUGCGACCCCAUUGGCUACGGCAGUGGACGCCCAGAAUGGCGACACCAUCUCCUUCCCCACCUCUAUCACCCUGCAGGACAUUCGCUCCAACUUUGAGAUUGAUGUGGAGGUCUACAGCCUGUCCCACACCUCGGGGAACACCUGCAAUGUGGAUCUCCGCAGCUCCACCAAGUCAAGGGUCACUCCAAAGAAGCUUCUAAGCACCAUCAAGAGAUCCAACCAAAAUGUAACAUCUUCUACCAUGCCGCUCCUAAACACCCAGCGCACCAGCAACUUCUCUCUGGUUGGUUCUCACAAGAUCUCCUUGGCCUCCCUGGGCCAGAGCAAGUUCCCCCUGGACAAGGUGCCCUUCCUGUCUCCACUAGAGGGAAACAUAUACCUGCAACUGGACAGCGAGAGCCACUCUAAUGUCCAGCACCAGGGCUUCCUUACCAUGUUUGAGGUGGUGAAUGGAUUUGGAGCUUGGCAUCGGCGCUUCUUUGUCCUGGAGGGAAACCACAUGUCCUAUUGGAACCACCCCAAUGACAGAGGCAGCAAGGCAGCAGAAGGCAGCAUCUCCCUGUCUAGUUCCUCUAGUCAGAGUGUGAAGCCAGUGAUGAGAGACUCCUGUGCUCGCCCCUAUACUUUUGAACUGGUCAGCAGCGUCCAGACUGCACAACAGGAUGACCAGGGCGCUCUGGCCAAGUGCUGGUUCUCAGCAGAUACUGGGGAGGAUCGAGGGGACUGGAUGGAGAACCUGAAUCAGGUUCUCCUGGACCUGCAUACCUGGACUCGCUGCACCCCUGAACCAUGCUAAAGCAUAGCCCAACAACCAGGCCAGCUGUGGGAACAUGAGGGACAGCAGUCUGUAACACACUGUUAUAAUCAUAUCUUUAUGAAUUCUUAUGAUUACCAUUGGGAGAUUAUUUUAGACUUGGGGAUAUUUUGCCUUUCCUUUGAUUUGUCACCUUUCAAUAGCCAUUUAAAAUAGAGCUCCAUCUUGUUGCUUGAUAUGUAUACUAUUUACCUGAGCUUGAAGUAGAUGAUUUAAAUGAAUCCAUAUAAUCUACAAACACUAUUAAAUAUGUAUCAAACCUAGUGCAGAAGAGCACUAACACUAAACAAAUGAUUAGUACAAUAGUGUAGUUAUAAUUGUCAUUAGACUAACAGAGAAAUGCCAGACAUGGCUGCUGGACAAUAUGAUUUCACUACUACAGCAUUGCUGUAAUACCCUCAAGUGUAGAAAUAUGUCUCUCGGAAAUAAGAAAUCUGUACCUGACACAACCUACCUAAUCUAGAAACUUGUGAAUUUAGUGAUUCAACUAGAAUUGCAGUCAAGUUGAGUUAUAGUACUGUACUUGAAAAACUGAGCUAUCUGCUACAAGUGAAAUAGUCCAUAUUUACCAAGUUAAAUUCUUCAUGUUCCUUAACUGAAUCUAUUGCUGUGCAUAACACAACAGGGGCCUGUCAACAAAGAUGGUACCCAAGCACUUCAAAUGGACUAUAGAAUGAUAAGGUGUAUAAUGUUAGUGCUUCAUCUCAUGAUAAAUCCUAGUAGCAGCCUGAAAGGUGGUGAAUGUAUAUGCUGACUGUAGUCAACCUAGUUUUUUGUUUUUCCUUCAUGUAUUUACUGUCAAUCGGUCAUUCUCUUUCUGUAUGUGGAUGUUAUCCCUAUAAAAUACCUGUCAACUUUCUUUAUAUGCACAUGAUUGAUGAAGGUACUACCAGUAAAUAAUACAAAUGGGUCUAAUGGCA